GUUAGGCAGGUUUUUCCUCUUGGUCUGCCUGCCUGCCGUGGGGCAACCAGCUGUCCUCUGCCUGUCUCACCUGGGCCGGGCUGUUCUAGGCUCUCAUGCUCCUCUCUGCCAGACUGAGCCAGUGGGCACUGGGCACUGCAUCAGGAUGCCCAGCAUCUUCGCCUACCAGAGCUCCGAGGUGGACUGGUGUGAGAGUAACUUUCAGCACUCGGAGCUGGUGGCCGAGUUCUACAACACGCAAUGUCACCUUCUUCAUCUUUGGGCCUCUCAUGAUGUUUCUCAUGCACCCCUAUGCCCAGAAACGCUCCCGCUAUGUUUAUAUCACCUGCAUCCUCUUCAUGGUCGUAGGCCUGUUCUCCAUGUACUUCCACAUGACGCUUAGCUUCCUGGGCCAGCUGCUGGAUGAGAUCGCUAUCCUGUGGCUGCUGGCCAGUGGCUACAGCAUAUGGAUGCCCCGCUGCUACUUUCCUACUUUCCUAGGAGAGAACAGGCCCCAGUUCAUCAGCCUGGUCAUCAUCACCACUGUGGUCAGCACCUUCCUGUCCUUCCUGAGGCCCGUGAUCAACGCAUAUGCCCUCAACAGCAUUGCUGUGCACAUCCUCUACAUCGUGUUCCACGAAUACAAGAAGACCAGCAAUAAGGAGCUUCGUCAUAUAAUGGAGGUCUCCGUAGUUUUAUGGGCUUUUGCACUGACCAGCUGGAUCAGCGACCGCUUGCUUUGCAGUUUCUGGCAGCAGAUCAAUUUCUCUUACCUGCACAGCAUCUGGCAUGUACUCAUCAGCAUCACCUUUCCUUAUGGCAUGGUUACCAUGGCCUUAGUGGACGCCAGGUAUGAGAUGCCAGGUCAAACCCUCAAAGUCCGCUACUGGCCUCGGGACACUUGGCCUGUGGGGCUGCCCUAUGUGGAAGUCAGUGACGACAAGAGCUGCUGAUGUCUGCCAGCUUCUGGACUACCCGAGCACCUGCCAACUCACCUGUGUCUUGAAGAGGGAGGCCUGGAUCAGGAGUCUGAGAGAUGCUCAUGGUUCUUUCCUCUACCUCCCUUUCUCCGUUCUUCUUGUCCUGCACGGCCCCACCCCAAGACAGGGGAUGGACUUCAUGAGCCUUCUGCACAGCAGUCUGAUGACCGGGGGUGGGGAGGGGGAGCUGCCUGGCAUAGCUCUCCUCCACAAUCUGCCCUUAUUCUCUUUCGUUUCCUCCUUUGCAUUCACUUUGUGAGGCUGGAUCACCAGGUGCUGGGAUUACCUGGCAGCCAUUGGGAAUGACUUCAGGCUGGGGCUUGGUGCCUGGGCAUCUCAUAAAUAGUGGCGGUCACUACCACACCCUUUGGACCUGUCUUUGGCCAUGCAAUGUCCCUGGUACUUGGGGGCAUCCCAGAGAACAGACAUGAUUUCCAGUCACCUCAUUCUGCCCUCACUCAUGCAUGCAGAGACCUUGCAGGUCCUCUCACACAUGUGCUCCCACAGACCUCUGGGGCCAUCUCACUGCUAGACAAUGGAGCAACAUGGAGGCCCAGACUGGGCAAUCUUGCUGUUGUUGGGGCAUGGGCAUCAGGAGGGGAGCUGGGGUGGCCUGCAUGGGCUCUCAAAGUGAGAGGAGAACAGGAAGGUGAUUUCUGUGGUGGUUAAGAGCACAGGGCUUGGAGUCAGGCAGACCUAAGCUUGAAUCCUGCUCCACCAUUUCCUAGUUGUAUAAUCUGGGGGAGGUGAUUUUUUUCUACCUUUGAAGCUCAAGCACCUUGUCUGUAAUAUGACAAUGUUUCUGCCUUCAUGGGACUUCUGCAUGGAUAAAACAAGAUAAUGUACAAAAAGUGUUUAGCAUGGAGUCUGGAAAACAUCCAUCCCUCCAUCCCCUCAUCCUUUAAUCCCUCCCUCCAUCUAUAUUCAGCCAUCCAUUUAUGUUCAUUUACCCACCCAAAUAAUUUAAUCAUCCUUUCAUUCAUCUGUGUUCCCACUCAUUCAUUCAUUCGUCUCUUCAACAAAUAUAUAUUGAGUUCCUACUCUAUGUCUGACACUACCCACUGGUGAUACAAGGCAGGAGACAUGCAGUGUUCCUGCUCUAGGGAGGAGACAAGUGUUACACAAAUAAAAAGACAAACAAGGCAUUUCCAGACACUAAUACCUGCUGCAAAAAUGAUAAAGCGGGUGAUGCUUUAGAGAAUCAUGAGGUGGGGAAGCAGCCCUUUCAAAUGGGUGCUCAGUGGGGGAGCGCAGUUUCCAGAUGAACCCUCAAUGACAAGAGGAGACCAGCCCUACUGAGAGCUGGCUGGGUAAGACCAUUCUGGGGAGAGGGAAUGGUAGGUGUGAAACUCACAGGGUGUGGAUGAACUGGCACGACAAAAAGAACACUCUUUUUUUUUUUUUUAAUGUUCAGUUAGCCAA